AGAAAAAAAGAAAAAAGAAAAAAGAAAAAAGAAAAAAGAAAAUAAAAGAAAAGAAAUUUCAAUCCAUCAUUUCCAAAUUUGCAGUACAAAUUUCUUCCGUCACCUGCUUUCUUCUAAGAUCGAAUUCUUUGGCAGUCUCAUCGAAUUCUUCCUGUUUUCGCUUGAUUUCAAUCCUCAAAACAAAGAUAUAUGAUAUUGAUUUAAGCUGUUGGAAUUGUUGCCUUAAUUGGCUUAAGCUAGGGCUUGUUGCUCCCCGAUCUGUGGGAAUUCAAUGGCGGAUCAGGAGGAGGAAGACCUCCGGACGGCUCUACGGAUGAGCAUGCAGCAGCACUCACCGCCGGAACCUAAACGGAGCAAGCCCAGGGAUUCCCCACUCGGAGCUCCGACUUCCUCAUCGGAGGAGUCUCCAGAAGUAAAGAGUCGUAGGUUGCAGCGGGAGCUUAUGGCUGCUGCUGCUGAGAAGCGAAUGUUGGCCGCUAAGAGUUAUUCCGUAGCAGUGGGUUCUGCAUCAAAGUCGGUGAAGAAAGGGAAGGAGUUAAGUGUGAAGGACGUGAAUUUGGGGAAGGAAUUGUUGGAGAUUGAAGCGAACCAGUUGUUUUCGAUGGUGUUCGGGGACGAGGUUUCCAAAGAAAUACUUGCGCAAUGGAGUAAUCAGGGCAUAAGGUUUAGCCCCGAUCCAGAAACAUCAAUGGGCUUAGUGCAGCAUGAAGGUGGGCCCUGUGGAGUCUUAGCAACUAUCCAAGCAUUUGUUCUGAAGAACAUUCUUUUCUUUCCGGACGAAUUUGGUAAAGUUGCAUCAAAUAUGGCACAGAAUUUAGGUUCAAGUAUAUUAUCUAACAGUGAAUGUGCUGCAUCAAAUAAUUUUGCUGCUCUUACUGAGGAAGUGAAAAGAAGGGCUUUGAUCAGAAGCAUGAGUGAGAUAUUGUUUCUAUGUGGAGCUAAUAGAAAUGCUGUAAUAGCGACGUUAAGUGUGCCUGGAAACAGCGAUGAAGGAUCUGGAUACAGUGCAGGAAAUGAGAUAAUUUCAAAUGCAUUUGAAGGUCUUUCAAUAGAAUCAGGCUUGGAUUUGCAGAAAGUGCUGAGAGUCACCACAUGCACAUCACAGGAAAGUGCAUUACAGAGGCUUGAUGCAGCUCUUCCUGUCUUCCAGAGUCGUAUGGGCGCCUUGCUAUUCUUGAUUUCUGCUUUGCUUUCACGAGGACUGGAUAUGGUACAAGCCGACAGGGAUGAUCCAAGCCUCCCUCUUGUCACUGCUCCAUUUGGACAUGCUUCACAGGAGAUCGUGAACCUACUGCUUUGUGGACAAGCCGUCCCUAAUGUGUUUGAUGGAAAGAUGGACUUAGGUGGUGGAAUGUCCCUAAAAGGCAUAUCUAAAAGCGUGGAAGUUGGGUUCCUAACUCUUUUGGAAUCUCUCAAUUUCUGUAAAGUUGGCCAAUAUCUUAAAUGCCCAAAAUGGCCAAUAUGGGUGGUCGGGAGUGAGUCACACUACACGGUUCUCUUUGCUCUCGAUACUUCUGUACAGGAUGAGAAUGAACUGGAAGAAAGGGAGUCACAAAUUAGGAAAGCAUUUGAUGGCCAAGACCAGAGUGGAGGUGGUGGUUUCAUCAGUGUUGAAGGCUUUCAUCAAGUUCUCAGGGAAGCCAAUAUCAAACUUCAACCUGAGAAACUUGAUCAUCUUUGCAGUACCGGAUUUAUAGUCUGGAGUGAAUUCUGGCAGGCAAUUCUGGAGUUGGACAAAAACUUUGGAGGCCUGAAGGAUUCGACAGGAUUGAUGGGUAAAAAAGUUUUCGAUCUUUAUCACUUUAAUGGGAUUGCCAAAUCCGAUUUAAAUGGAAACCAAAUAGCCUGUGGAGGUGAGACUCCAAUACAAAGACCCAGGCUCACCAAAUUGAAGGUUUCAGUUCCACCACGGUGGACUCCAGAGGAAUUCAUGGCAGAUGUGCCUCUUUCUUCUGCUUCAACUGGAAACGAAUCCGCUGGUAAAGAUGUUGAGGUUUCUAAACCGGAACCAUCUCAACAUGCCCCACUGGUCGAUUGCAUCAGAACACGCUGGCCUCGAGCUGUUUGUAGCUGGGCUGGUGAUCCUCCUAGUAUAGUAUGAUUUUUUUUUCUCUUUCCUUUGUGCACAAUGCAUAAUGUUGCGGCAAAGAGACAGGGUAUUAUCAUUUGAAAGCACACAAAUGGGCAUAAAAUGUAGUAAUUAUAUCUUCAGGCUGUUUGUGCACGAGUUCUGUGUAAUGUUGUAGUUUUAACAUUCAAUUCGAUUUUGACUUGUUGGAUUGGAUUACUUGAACAAAGGCUUAUCUGUAAUUUGUUUCUCAAAUGAUAUAAAAUUUCUUCCUUUGUGCUUUGGCUGUCAA